CUGUCGAUAUCGUACAACCAAGACGGCGCGUGCUUCGCCGUCGCGCGGCGCGACGGACGCGCGCGUGGGUUUUCAGUGUACAACACGUCGCCGUACCGCGAAACCUUUGGACGGAAGUUUCGAGACGGCGGCGUGGGAAUCGUGGAGAUGCUCUUUAGGUGCAAUAUAUUAGCGCUGGUUGGAGGCGGCGACGAACCGAAGUUCUCGCCGAAUAAGGUGAUGAUAUGGGACGAUCAUCAAGGAAGAUGCAUCGGCGAGCUUGGGUUCAAGGUGCCGGUGCGCGGGGUGCGUUUGCGGCGGGAUAAGGUGGUCGUCGCUUUGGCGCAUAAAAUUUUUGUGUACAAUUUUUCAGAUUUAAAGAUGGAACAGCAGAUUGAUACGGCGGCGAACGAGCGCGGGUUGUGCGCGAUAUCGCCCACAACGGAACGCACGGUGAUGGCGUGCCCGGGGUUGAAUAGAGGGCAGGUACGGGUGGAAUUGUUUGAUUUAGGGACGACGAAGUUCAUCGCCGCGCACGAGACGGCGUUGGCGUGCUUGGGAUUGAGCGCGGAUGGUUCGUUAUUAGCCACGGCGAGCGAGAAAGGAACGCUCAUUCGGAUCUUCGAUACGCACACGGCGUCGCUCGUGCACGAAUUCCGUCGCGGCUCGGAUCGAGCUCGAGUGUACUCGCUCGCGUUUUCGCCGAAGAAGAAUUUGCUCUGUGUCACGAGCGACAAGGGCACGGUGCACGUGUUCAGGAUUCCAGAAACCCCCAGCGCGUCUUCGAGCGCACCGACGGCGUCACCGAUACCGACACCGUCCUCGAACGGCGCCCGCACGCCUUCCUCUUCUUCACCCGCCGCCGGUUUCGUCAAGAAACUCCUCCCCAAAUACUUUAGCAGCGAGUGGUCGCUCGCGCAGUUCAAGCUUCCGUCCACCGCGCGGUCGCUCGUCACCUUCCCCGCCGCCGAUCCCGAUUCGUGCAUCAUCAUCAGCGAGCGCGGCGAGUACUCCCGCCUCAUCUUUGACCUCGGCGGUGGCGGCAAAAUGUCUCUCGUCGAGCGUUUCGACUUC